AUGCCCCUGCGUCACCUCAAGCGCGUGCGCGUGCAGUUCAACCCCCUGGACAAGCGGUGCGUCGCCGCCAGGGAGUUCUUGGCGCGCGUCACCUCCCCCGCCGCGCUCGCAUCGAACCCCGAGUGCUCGGUGGAGCCUCGCGUUCGGGACGACGACGCCCCGCCCGUGGUCGCCGUGGAGUUCACGAGCGGGACGAAGGAUCAGUUUAACGUCCAUCGCAUGACCGUGGACGACAUAUCGGGAAGGAUCAAGCGCGUGAGCGAUCAGAUGGCAACGCGACAGGCGCUGAGCGAAGCCGGGUUGAAGUUUGACGAGUUGAAGUUUGACGUCAAGGCGACGUGA